AUGCCCGGUGAAAUAAUUACGAUUCAAGCUGGCCAAUGCGGUAAUCAGGUUGGCCAACAGUUUUGGCAGCAGAUGUGUGAAGAACACAAGAUUCAGAUGGAUGGAGAACCCAAUAAGGAGAAUUUGACGUUUAAUGAUUGCCCUGGUGUUUUUUUUAGGAGCAGUAGCACUGGAAGAUAUACUCCACGUGCCAUACUUAUCGAUCUGGAGCCACGAGUGAUACAUAGUAUUAGACAGCAGACUAACGACAGAUUCUUUGAUCCCAAAGAUAUAUAUGUGGCAUCAGAAGGAGGAGGCGCCGCAAAUAGAUGGGCCGAGGGAUAUAUGAAUGCUGUCCGAAAUAAGGAGGAGAUUAUGGACAUGAUUAACAGAGAAAUUGAUAGCUGUGACAACUUUGAAGGAUUCCAACUGGUACACUCUGUUGCAGGAGGUACCGGCUCUGGAUUUGGUUCACUGCUUCUUGAAGAGCUAAGCGAUCGAUUUUCAAAGAAGUUAGUUCAAACAUACUCAGUCUUUGGCGCAUCAGAGGUUGUUGUAGAGCCAUACAAUACGGUUCUCACUCUAAAACGGUUGAUUCAAAAUUCAGAUGCCAACAUUAUUGUAGACAAUAGUUCCUUGACGAACAUAGUCUCAAAGAAUUUACGCGUUUUGAGCCCAUCCUACUCAGACACCAACAGUCUAAUUUCAAAAGUGAUGUGUGGAGCUACUAGUUCUAUCAGAUUUCCUCUUAGUAUGUGUUCCAGUCUGACAAGUAUUCUCUCCGCACUUAUCCCGACACCUGAAUUGCACUUUCUAAUUCCUAGCUUCACUCCUUUGGCAAACGUGUUUCGAGGAAACACAGCAUACGACGUUCUACUAGAAGUUUUGGACAGGAAACUUCGAAUGUGUGGUUAUAAUGAACCCAACGAAGUGUCCUUCUCAUUACUUGAGGUACUCUUUGGGUCAGAAAAUGCACUAACUAUGCAGUCGGACUCGAUUGAGAAGGCAAAAGACAAAGUAAGAGAAAGAGUGAACUUUGCACCUUGGUGCACCGCCUCUCAAGUAGUACUAUCUCAAACCAAUGAUUCACUAUCAACCGACGAGAUUGUUCACUGUUUGAUGCUAGCAAAUUCAACUGCUUCAUUACCGGUUCUUCGUAAAGUAUUGACACAAUUUGACCAGCUAAUGCGCAGAAGCGCAUUCUUGAACAACUAUGUAAACAGCGACUAUGAUACAGAAAUCGGGAGUAUCAUGGAUGAAUUUACAGAUAGCCGAGAGGUUCUUCUGGACCAGAUUGAUGAGUAUGAGCGGAGUAAAAGUAUCGAUUACAUGGAUUUAGAUAUGAACGAGCCUAGUGUCGGGAACAAUGUGGCGAACCCAGAGAAGGCGGCAAACGCAAAGAAUGCGGACGAUGUUCAAAUGGAGUAG